UUAAGCACUCCCCAAGUCUCAACAACUGAAUUCAUUCACGACUUUAAACAAACAUACAACGCGCAUAAAGAUAACACACCCUUCCUUUCACUUUCACUAUCAUAGUUCCUUGCAGACCUGCACAGAACUUUCUUCUAUCCAUGGAGGACAACUCACAACUCACAACCAUGGUCAUGUUGCUCCUCCUGCUUCUCUUCCUUUCGGAGUCCAAAAUGGCGACUGCGGCUCACUGUACCACCAUUACACCCACCAAGACAUAUCAGAAGUGCAUGACACUACCUACCCAGGAAGCCUCCAUUGCAUGGACCUUUUAUCCUCACAAUGCCACCCUCGAUCUCGUCUUCUUCGGGAACUUCAUCUCCCCCUCUGGUUGGGUUGCUUGGGGAAUCAACCCUUCUACUCCGGAGAUGACCGGCACCCGCGCCCUCAUCGCCUUCCCCGACCCCAACUCCGGCGUAAUCAUUGUCCUUCCGUACAUCCUCGACCCCACCGUGAAGCUCCAACGCUCACCUCUCCUCUCUCACACACUCGACACCCACCUCCUCUCUUCCUCCGCCGCCCUCUUCAGCGGCCGUACCGCCACCGUACACGACGGCGCCUCCGUCCAAAUCUACGCCACACUGAAGCUCGUCCCAAACAAGACCAAGAUCCACCACGUCUGGAAUCGGGGCCUCUACGUGCAGGGCUAUUCCCCAACCAUCCAUCCCACCACAGCUAACGACCUCUCCUCCGUUGCCACCAUCGACGUCUUGUCAGGCGCCGCCUCCGCAAGACACAACGACAUCAAAACCCUGAAAACCGUGCACGGCAUCCUGAAUGCCGUCACUUGGGGGUUCUUGCUGCCCGUGGGAGUCGUCACGGCGAGAUACCUCCGACACAUAAACGCAUUGGGGCCUGCUUGGUUCUAUGCUCACGCGGGUAUUCAGCUAUCGGCGUUCCUGAUUGGUACCGCAGGGUUCGCCAUUGGAGUCCGGCUUGGGGCUUUGUCUCCAGGAGUGGAGUAUGGUAUCCACCGGAAGCUUGGAUUUGCGGCAUUUUGCUUGGCGAGUUUGCAGACAUUGGCAUUGUUGUUUAGGCCCAAGACUACAAACAAGUUUCGCAAGUACUGGAAGUCAUAUCACCAUUUUGUUGGGUAUGGAUGUGUGGUGUUGGGGGUUGUGAAUGUGUUUCAGGGUUUUGAUGUGAUGGGUAUUAGCAGGUCUUAUGCUAAGUUGGGUUACUGUUUGGCUCUGUCUACCUUGAUCGGAGUUUGUAUAGCUUUGGAGGUGAAUGGGUGGGUGGUUUUCUGCAGGAAAUCCAAGGAGGAGAAGAUGAGGAGGGAAGGAUUGGUGGGGACACUUGAAAAAGACAAUGCAAGCCAUAAUUGAGUGUUUUUUUUUUUAUUUUUGUGUG